AUAUUGUCAGUUGCAAUCUAAAGACCGUUUCCAGAAUAUUCUUUGACUUCCGUACGCUAUUCAGUACCUAAUUCGUAGUCCCUCAUUUCAUGUCACGUUUCUUCCGUGGUUCGCGUCACGAGUUCCCUUUAUGCCAAGCCUCUUCUUCCCCACAGUCAGUUGAUACACAUCUACAACAAACAUCUGUCAAUCCUGCUUCACAGGGAUCCGUAUCCCUCAGAACUCGUGUGAUCCUGCUAUUGUUUCAUCCGCCGUUGUUUCAUUUCCCGACGACGCCCACCCACAUUGCACCAAUCACAAAUCUAUCCUCUCGAGUCCCGCAGACCUCACGGCUUUGCCACAACCGGCUCUCCCUCUCCCGCUGCAAACUCCUGCCAAGCUGCAAACUCCUGCCAACAUACCGUGUAACCUGCGGUCCGAUCCCUCCCCUCCUCGCGCCUCUUACGGCGCCUGCGGUGCAGCACCUGAAACGACCCCUGCUGCAACCACAGUUCAACCGUCGAACCGUCGCCAAGGUAUAUGAGCCUUGUCGCACUCGCCCCUUACGCUGCACAGCUCCCUCAACGACCGCAUUCAAGACAUGGGAAUCGAUUGUCGAAUGAAACCUCCCAGCCCCCCGCCAACCCACGGCUGCGCUGCCCCUCAUCCCACUGCCCCCCUGUAUCGCUAUCGCCAGUGCUGGGGUGAGGAGGCACGU